AUGUCCCACAAACAGGGAUCGCCAGUCGUUUUGCCCAAGAAGACACCGCUUUGUGCUCGAUGCAAACAUCAUGGAUUCCGUACCGCUUUGAAGGGGCAUAAAAGAUUUUGCAAAUGGAAAGAUUGUGAGUGUCAAAAGUGUAUUUUGAUCUGCGCAAGGAGAAAAAUCAUGGCUGCACAAGUUGCUAUAAGACGAAAGAUGGAUGACUGUUCAUUGAUGGACAGUUCUAAAGUCGAAUAUUGUGAAGUGGAAAACAGGCCCACAACUGAUCAACAUCGCGCUCGUUCAACUUCAACAGGUGAGGAAUUUUAUGAGCUUAUAACUUGAGGGCAGAACCUUUCAAGAAAAAUGUUAAAUAAAAAGCAGUGAAACAUUUGCCUUUUCAUCAAUUAAUAGGGUUAAUCAUUAUCCGAUUGAUCUCGAACUUUAUAAAGCUAUCGGGAUAGACAAAACCCUUGGUAUGGCAAGCUCUCAUUAGACAGAAACAGCGAAUGGCUUCUUUCUUUCUUUUUUUUUUAAAUUGUCCACUGGUCCACGGUGAAAAUGAUAAAGGUACGGGAGGGAAGGAAAGAAUUUUUACGUCACGAGUUAUAUGUUUACAUUGAUCAUAUUAAGAUGUUGAAAUUCUGCUAAAAAUGCGCGUUGCACAACAUUAAACUCGGGCGAAAAGAACUACCCAUCAUGAUACUUCCAGCCAUUACAGAGACAUAAUCAGUUAAACCUAAAAGUCUGGUAACAUAUUGGUCUUAAAAGAAGAAAACAAUGCAAAGAAGUAAGGAAUUUGAUGUUUCAGUUGGUGGAUUAAUUUAAAACCUCAUAUUCAUUUAAAUCUAUUUAUCAAUUGGACUCAAAGGUAACGUCAUUUCUAGCAUUUUUGGUGGUACUUUAUUUUUUCGGGAACUCAACAUUUUUGUGAUCAGUCUAGUUCGGAUUUUUUCACUGCGAACUUAUUUUGCGAGUCUAAUUAGCAACCACCCUUAAGAUUCUUGUGUUUGAAAGAAACAGACGAAGGUAUUAUAUUCCAAAACAAAAUAAAGGUGUUAUCCUGCGACGGGAGAAACAUCUGGUCGAUUGUUCUAAUUCAGGGUUUGAUUCAUGCUACAAAAUUAACAUUUCUCGUGAAUGUCUGUGAAACCGCGUGCCAGUUUGCGAUCGUGGAUUUACUUUUUACUUGACUUAAAAUUUUCUGAGCAGAUCGCAGACCAUAAAAAACGCAAUAAUUUAUAGAUCCACAAAGGGUAUGAUAGUGCUUAACAGUACGUAUGAAAAGGCUUCAUUUUAAAGUUAAAAAUAUGAAUUUCUCAGCAUUCCCUGGACCGUCAAGAAAACGUCCCUUUGACAGCCCACCUGACCCCACCAGGGUAGCAAGAUGCUCAUGGCUUCUGAAAAGGCUCUUUCCAGAUUUUUCUCAAAUAUUCCUACAUACACUGCUGGAAGCGCGUGACUUCGACCUGCUGUCAACAUUGGAAACUUUGGUUGAUCUGUUGCAGAAUGGAGGCAAGUUUAAUGUGCCAUAUCCAGGGGCAAUUCCAACCAAUAGCGUUUAUUCAUCAGGUAUGACAACAAGGCCGGCGUUGGUCAAUGAUUACGUAUGCUAGCAUUAGCAGUAUUUUCUCUUCUAAAUGAGCAAAAAGUAGUUUGAUUUUUUCCUAUCUGAUUGUUACAACUACAUAAAAAACCUCUAUUUAGAAAUACCUGCUUUUGAAGCCAGUGUUCAUUUAAAUUCAAUUCAAAUCAAACAUAUUUAGCCAUGAAACACUAUCCAGAUGGACAGAGAAAGUGUUCUAAUUCUUUAUGGAUUGUGGAGUUUGUAGAGUGGUACUGGUCAAAUUAAAACUGAGCACAUGACUGGUACAAAAACCAAUAGAGAGGGGAAGUCGUUACGUCAGGUUGCCAUGAUAGCAAAAUUUCUGAAUGUCGACAAACCGGAAACGUCACUUAAAAAGUGAAUUUGCAUCGUUUCAAACUUCAUCGAUUUUAUUCAGUUUCAUUUAAUUUGUCAAAUGUUGGCAAAAUCUCUGCAGUUGUCAAAAGGACAGUAUAUAAGUUUACAAAAAGGAAAAGAAAAUUUUUGUGUUGUGUUCACCAACUCCAUAAAGUAAGUACAUGAAAUUUAACCUGUUCCAGGCUCUCAGAUAGUGGGGAAGAAGCAAAAGUAAAAGGCACGCGAAAAGUUGGCGUGUUCUCGCUUUUUCAAUUCAGCUGGCCCAACUAUCUGGGAGCCUGGAACAGGCUACAUAAAAAUUAGGAAGUUUCAUGUCGCCUAAGAAAUGUUCAACAAAGCGUGAUGUACAUGUAAAGUUGUUGUUUUGCUAAUCUUAACUCAUUGCUUUUUCUACUUGCCAUUCUCUUUGCCCUUGCCAACAUCAUUGCUUAAGUUCCCUAUUGUUGUCAUCCAAAGAUUUUGCUACCAUGGCAACAUGACAUCACAUUUCUCCUCUCUAUAAGGGACUAACAAUUUGGCAACAGAUGACCUGCAUCGUUCUAAACCUCUUAUUUCAUUGGUCCCCUUUAAUCUGCACUUCCAUUGUUUUCAGGGAUAGGGGCAUUAUUAUGUCACAAUCCCUAUUGCUUUCCCAGCCAAUCACAAACAGUCUUUCAAAUAGGUGCACAUCACCCGGCAACAGUGCCACAACACCCCAAAACCUUAAAAUUAUUAUCUCCAACUGAGUUCUUUACUUCAGUUUUGUCAUUUAUUCUGUCAGGUGCUCCAGUCACUGCUUGCAUCAAGCUGUGGAAUGACCAGGAAACAGCAGCUCAAGCACUCAUAUUACUGGCUGCACAAAAAAACUAACCUAAC